AUGGAUAAAACAUUAGAAGAAUUACGUAAACAAGUAGCAGCUAAAAGAGCUGAAGAAGAUAAUAAGAAAGAAGAAAUUAUCGUUAAAUCUCUUCCACAACCAAAUCACGUUGCUAAUCUUGAAGAGAAAUUAAUUAUCGAUUGGUUUGGUAGAUUUGGAAUUGAAGUUGGUGACUUUAAAACUUCAUUUAAUGAUGGUCUUCUUAUUUGUCAAGUUAUUGACAAAAUUAAACCUGGUGUUAUUAAUUGGUCAAUGUUUGCUCGUCCAAAGAAUGGAAGAAGUUUAAAUAUUUUCCAAAGAAGAACCAACUGUACUGUAUUAGUUGAAACUGUACAAACACUUGGAUUAACUAAUACUGGUAUUGGGUCUCAAGACAUUACUGAUGGUAAUGUAAAAAUGUUGAUGGGGUUCUUUAGGGCUUUAAUGGUUUGGGAGACUUCAUUAAAGAAAUCUUUAUUAGCAUGA